AUUAAAAGAAAUUAAAUAUAAAUAAAUUAAAAGAAAAACAUUUUGUUGGAUUAUAUAAGGAAACCAUGUUCAUGUUCAUCUCCAAUCUCCAUCUUCCUUUUAACUCCCUCUCCCUCCACCUUAAACCACCACCUUCCUCUAUCCGCACUUUUAACUGUCGCCGCCGCCCCACUCUGAACAAAAACCCACAUUUUCAUUCAUGAAAGAAGACAGUUAUAAUACCAAACUAAGCCUAAACCAACAGCCAGCUGGUAGCCAACAGAUGUGCAGAACCAUAGAAGAAGAUGCCCUCGCCGUUGACCACCACGUCGACAUGUCGUCGUCGACUUCAGAUGACCUCAACUUGAUUCCUCCUUUGAACUUUGCUAUGGUUGACAAUGGCAUCUUCAGGUCUGGUUUCCCUGAUUCUGCCAACUUCUCUUUUCUUCAAACGCUUAAGCUCACCUCCAUCAUAUAUCUGUGUCCUGAACCAUACCCAGAAGCCAACACUGAGUUUUUAAAGUCCAAUGGAAUCAAGCUUUUUCAGUUUGGAAUUGAAAGUUACAAGGAGCCAUUUGUAAAUAUUCCAGAGGAUACGAUUCGUGAAGCUUUAAGACUCGUUGCAGAUGUUAGGAAUCACCCAGUUUUAAUUCAUUGUAAUCGAGGGAAGCACCGAACUGGUUGUCUGGUUGGAUGCCUGAGGAAGUUGCAAAGAUGGUGUUUGUCAUCCGUGUUCGACGAGUACCAAAGGUUUGCUGCCACAAAAGCUAGAGUUUCGGAUCAGAGGUUUAUGGAGUUGUUUGAUGUUUCUAGCUUAAAGCAUCUGCCAAUGUCAUUUUCUUGCUUGAAGAAGUAAAAGAAAAAAAAUGAAACCCCAUGUAAUUGAACAGCUUGUGCUUUUCCUGUGGUUUGCAGCGGAGAAUGCUCGGUCCUGCAUAGGAUUAAUUAGGAGAAAAGGCGAUGAGUUCCGGAAUAGCAUUUCGUCGGUUAGGGAAUUCUUCUGCUUCUUAUUAUUAUUAUUCAUCAUUCUGUUUUCGACACCAAUAAAAGGGGUAGCUAGAAGAAGCAAUGUCCCACUGCAAUGUUGUUUGGUGUUUCGGAUCUCCGUUCCGAUCUAUUUCUUCUGUUCUUUACUUGUUUGCCAUGGCGGAUGUAACAAUUAUCAAGUAGCUAUUACAUCUCCUUGUUUAUUUGACAGUUUUUUAGACAAAUUGACUGUGAACUUGAAUCACCAUCAUUACAGGUUUCGAUUAGUGAAAAUUUUACCUGUCCAA